AUGGCACAGCGAAGAAAUCCACUGAAUUCAGAGAAAUUUUCUUGUUCCAUCUGUCUGGAUCUCCUGAAGGAUCCGGUCACUACUUCCUGUGGACACAGCUACUGCAUGCGCUGUAUUAAAACACACUGGGAUGGAGAGACUGGUAAAAGAACCUACAGCUGCCCUCAGUGCAGGAAGAAUUUCAAGCCGAGGCCUGUUCUGGAGAAAAAUGUCCUGUUGGCAGAGUUAGUGGAGGAGCUGAAGAAGACCAGACUCCAAGCUGCUGCUGCUGCUGCUGAUCGUUGCUAUGCUGGACCUAAAGAUGUGGCCUGUGAUGUCUGCACUGGGAGGAAGAUGAAGGCUGUCAAGAAACACCAGUUGGUGAAGCCCUCGAACAACAAGGAGUUGAGUCGGCUGAACAUCCAGCAGAGAAUCCAAGACAGACAGAAAGACAUGAAGCUGCUUCAGCAGGACCUGGAGGCCAUCAAUGCCUCUGCUGAUGAAGCAAUGGAGGACAAUGAGAAGAUGUUCACCCAGAUGAUCCAUCUCAUCCAGAAAAGACACUCUGAUGUGAAGCAGCAGAUCAAAUCCGAGAAGGAGACUGAAGUGAGUCGAGUCAAAGAGCUUCAGGAGAAGUUGGAACAGGAGAUCAGGGAUCUGAAGAGGAAAGACGCUGAGCUGAAGCAGUUCUCAGAUACACCAGAUCACAACCAGUUUCUCCACAGCUACCCCUCAGUGUCAACGCUCAGUGAGUCCACACACUCAUCCAUCAUCGACAUCCGUCCUGGGAGACACUUUGAGGACGUGACAGCAGCUGUGAAAAAGCUCAGAGAUCAACUACAGGACAUUCUGAGGGACAAAUGGACAAACAUCUCACUGGCAGUCGCUGAGGUGGAUGUUUUACUGUCAGAACCAGAACCAGAGAGCAGAGAUGAAUCUUUAAAAUAUUCAAGAGUAGUCACUCUUGAUCCAAACACAGCAAACAGACGGCUGUUAUUAUCUGAGUGGAACAGGAAAGUAACAGUAAUGGGACGAGAACAACGUUAUCCUGAUCAUCCGGACAGAUUCACUGAACGUUGGCAGGUGCUGAGUAAAGAGAGUCUGACUGGACGCUGUUACUGGGAGGUGGAGUGGAGAGGAAGCGGAGUUGUUGUAGCAGUCGCAUACAAGAACAUCUGCAAAAAAGCAGACUUACAUAACUGUGGAUUUGGACAAAAUGACAAAUCUUGGUCUUUACGUUGUGACACCAACAGUUACAAGUUUUUCUACAACAACACUACCACUAACGUCUCCGGUCCUCAGUCCUCCAGAAUCGGAGUUUAUCUGGAUCACAGAGCAGGCAUUCUGUCUUUCUACGGUGUCUCUAAAACCAUUACUCUCCUCCACAGAGUCCAGACCACAUUCACUGAGCCCAUACAUGCUGGAGUUGGGUUUUUAAAUAUUGGAGCCACUGCAGAGUUUCUUAAACUCAAAUAG